AUGGAAGAGAUCACUGAGAAGCGUGCACCCAGAAAGUACCCCGAAGGUGAGUGCCGUGGUCUCUCUGAGGAGGAGUUCAAGCGCUUGUUUGAUGAGGUCGGGCAUGCGAUGGAUUUCCAGACGAUCUACCUGGUUCAGCCUUUGACGACUAGGACGGCGGGGGAAGUUACAGCUGCGGUGCAGUCCUUGGUUCUUCGCCUCAAGGCGGAGGGACUGUACAUUUCGCGGAUGCACGCGGAUCGAGCACGUGAGCUUCGUGUGGAGUCCAUAAAAAGGUGGGCCCUCGAGAGAGGGAUCUUCUGCACCUACACGGAAGGACAAUCUCCUCAGGCUAACGGGAAGGCGGAGGCUGGAGUCAAGUGGGUGAAGUCGGCGGUGAAGAGACUUCUUGCGGCUGGUGAUCUACCAAAAGAGGCUUGGGCAGUGGCUGCAAACUACGCAACGCAGACAAGGAUGGAACAGCUACUUCGACAGUCCUCUUCUAUGCUACCGUUCGGAACGAAGGUCCAUGUCCGGUCCAAGGUCUACGGAGCAGGUGGAAAGUAUGAUUUGGACUCACGAUGGAAGGCUGGAACGUAUGUUGGUCCCAGUUUGGAAGUACGCGGCGGUCAUUUGAUACGGUUUGAGGACGGGGCUUACAUGACGAGCACGCACUUGAGACCCUAUCUCUUUGAGCCCGACAAGGUUGUGGAGCUGGAGGAGUACGAGGUGAUGUUACCGAUGCCCACAAGGAGACUGCGGGAGAAAUCUGGACCUCAGGCCCAAGAACCUGAAGAUGACCGUGAGGCGCUCAGUCUGAAGUAUGACCCUGAACAUCCAGCGGAACAGUAUGCCAUGAGGCUACUUGAGGAGGAGUCUAUGACCGCGGAUCAGCUGGAGACUUUGGCACGGAUGCUUCCAUCUACGGCACCUACCCCAAAACGUUUUGGCCCUCAGAAGGACACACAGAAGGUCUGGACAACAGGUGCCUACGUCCAUGGAGGCAUUGUUGGAGUCAAGAAGGCCACUGCUGUUUUCCCUGCCAGUACGAAUGCCUUUGUGAAGUAUGUGAAGCAGCUAGAUCCGGACCACAAGUUCAAUGCUGUGGCUGUGACAACAGACAUAGAAGCAAAGCAGCACGUGGAUGCGCACAACGUGGGAAUGAACCUAGUUGCAGGCCUCAGCCGGGAGGUUGGUGAAAGCGGAUCCUCAGGAGCUUGUCGGGGAGGAGAUCACAUGUUGAACUUGCCCCACGACAUGGAGUUAGCUAUUGGUGAUCUAGAGGAUCGAGCUUGCAGACUGCGUGAUUUACUUGAAGAGGAAGAGAUCUUGUCCGAAGAGUACAGAAGGCUUGGUCAAGCCACGCGGGAGAACCUGAAGGACACCAGGGACCAGGUUUGUGAGUUUUUAGAACAAGUUCAUGAGGAGCUGCUUGGUCUUGAAAGACUACAGACAGUUGCAUGCUUGAGGGCAGUGAGGACGAUGACCGACCCCGCUGUAGACGACACCGUGGACUAUGAGGCGUUGUUGGACAGCCUUGAGGAGGACCUUAAGGUUGUCCACACAGUCCCUGUCAACCAAGUCAGAAAGGCCUUGGAAAGGUGGACUGCAGCAAUUCGAAAGGAGGUCGAAGCCUUGUUCUCUUCUGGAACUUUGAGAAGGGUGACUAUCGAAGAGGCCAAGGAGAUGGAGUCCCAAGGUCUCGUUACGUUUGCCCCAGCAAAAUGCAUCUUCACGCUCAAGCCUACUGUUUCAGAGCCGGAGCUUUGGAUCAUAUUGGACGAGGUGACUGGCGUCAUGUACGGGCUCAUGGUCUUGUAUGUGGAUGAUAUUGCCUAUUUCUCCACCGAGCCUAUUGUGUUGGCUGUGCACGCUUACGUGAUUGAAGAAUGGCCGGCCAGCGAACUUGAAUGGAUAACCGAAACCAACACUGUUCGGUAUCUUGGAGUUGAGAUUGGACGAGAAGUUCGCACCAAUGAAGAUGGAGAGGCUUUCCGUGUGUACACCAUUGGACAAUCUGCCUACGUUCGGGAUCUGCUUAGGAGCUAUGAUAUGGUUGAUGUGGCCCCUACAGCUCUGCCUGUACCAAAGGAGUGGAUCGAAACAGCCGAGAACGAUGAUGAGCCGGAGACCGACUACGACGAGCAGCCUGACUUGAUGUUUGUUGUCUCUCAUGCUGCUGGUUUGGUAGCAAAGAAGCCCUCCUACGUGGUGCGUCUGGGCACGAGACUGCUGGCAUACUUAGCCGGAACGGCUGAGCUGAAGAUGACAAUGGGUCCAACCGAGAACACCGUGGAGCAAGAGCUUAUCGCCUACACGGAUGCCUCUUACGCGCCGUUCGGGCGCAGAUCCUUUGGUGCAGCUGUUAUCACUUUUGCUGGAUCUCCAGUGGCCUGGAAGUCUGGCCGCCAGAGCUUCAUCACAUUGAGUGUUACUAUGGAAGCAGAGUUGUACGCUGCAACUCAGGGUUGUACCUUGCUGAACUCGGUGUACGCAUUACUUGCUGAGGUUUACCCUUGUCAGGUCAGGCGGGUGCUGGCUGUGGAUAACACCAGCGCUGCAGCGAUGCUGGCGGGUGGCCACGGGAGCCAAAGGACCAGACACCUUAAGAUCCGAGCGAACUACGUGAGGGAAGCCGUUGAGGAAGGCAACCUUGAGAUCCGUCACACGCCAGGCAGUGAGCAGUUAGCGGACCUGUCCACGAAGAUGCAGUCGAAGAUUAGGCUGCAACAGCUCUUGAGGCUUUGGGGAUUUGUGGGCCUUGCUGCAAAUGUGAUCCAGACCAUGAAAAUCAAGCUUCUAGCAGCUCUGAUGAUGCUUGCUCAGUGUGUGUGCCCAGCUAGAGGUCAAGGAGUUGAGAGCAAAGACCCCUUGCCAGUGUCUACGUGGGAUGAGCUCCUGAUCAUGCUGGUGCUGAUAGCCUUCGUUGUGGUUUGUGCUUGGGAACUUCUUCGAUGUGGAUACCGACGGGUUCUAAGGUGGCACAAAAGGUACCGCAAGGCUGUGAAGUAUGAACGAAUGUCUCAGUUCACCUCCAAGGCAGCGAAGAAAGAGGACGCCGCAGUUUCCCACGGCAUCCUCUGCCGGAAGUACGCCGUUACCGACUACCUCAACCACCAGGCCGAGAUCUUCUACACCCCCGGUGCAACGGAGGCCAUCGACACCACCUACCGGAACAAGCGGCUGAUGGUUCGCCUUAUAUCCACGGAUGUCACGGACCGCCAGCUUCGCUACGUCUUGUACUUGUGGCGGCACAGGUCCAAGGCGUUUUCUUCGCUCUCUGCACUUCGUGUCCUGGACGCAUCCCGCAACCGCCUCGUGCUCACAAACUCCACUCCCUUCGAUGCCCUCACAGACCUGGAGCUUUUGGACCUCUCCGACAACAAGCUCACCGACCUCCCACCAGGUCUAUUCAGGAACCUUCAGAAGCUCACCGCUCUGAGCCUCGCAGAGAACGAGCUGAAAGUGCUACCGCCGGGAACGUUUCAGGGUCUCGAAGGCCUCCGGCGAUUAGACCUGCACGUGGCCGGGUUGCAUGAACUCCAGCAAGAGGCAUUUCGCGGACUGGACUCCUUAGGCUUCCUGGAUCUGUCUCAGAACUCCUUGUGCGACCUGCCAGACGGCAGCUUCGGUUCUCUGUCUUGUGCUGAACUCGGCGACACGCCGCCCUUCGUGACGAUGCCAGGGAGAGGGUCUGUGCAGACGAGGCAUCUGCAGACGGCCAUUCAUGACGCCGCCUCUCGGGGCCCGCGAGCCUUUCUGGGGUUUCUGCAACCUCACACCGCAGAGCGCUUUGCAAGCUGGAGUCCCUACAACCUCACUGCGGCGCUGCACAAGAUAGUCGGCAUGAGGCGCUCUCGGUUAGAAAGUUGGCUUGUUGAAGAGUUGCGCACGGCUGCUUGGGAGCUCGGAGCAGCAGCGGUGAGGUCGGAUCUUCUUGACUCCCGUCAGCUGAGCAACCUGCUUUUGGACCUUCGGCAGCUGGAGCUCUGGGACGUGCUGCGAAAAUUGGGCCCGGAGCUUCUCAAAAGAGUUGACACUGGCUUUUCCGAGCUCUCUGCUUGGGACUUGACCAACGCUUUGUCUGGCUGCGCAGCUCCCGCCUUGUUGGACGAUCUUACUCUGAAAGCAGUUUUUCGGGCAGUCAUGCACAAGCUGGCAGGCUGCGAUGCGUGGUAUUGGUGCAAAUGGAAGGGCAAAGAUGUUGCAAAUACUGCCUAUGCACUUGGCCUUUGGCGGCAAUCUGCCGACGACCUGGUGAGCACCGCAGAUGCGUGGUCAUUGACGCAAUCGCUCUGGACACGCACCCUGGAGCUCGCAGCCGGCAUGGAGGCUGAGGAGUAUGUCAACGUCUUGUGGGCCAUGUCUGAGUUUCGGGUCAAGGGCUCGCACCUUUGCCAGGUGGUUGACACUUCCCUCGACGUACUACGCAGAUGCCGCAGGAACUUGGGGCCAGACCUCUUGAGCCGCUUUGCUUCCGCGCUAGCAGAGCUCUGCAGGCGUCAGGGCACGGAAAACCCACAGGACAGGUCGCGUGCGAGCACCACAGGUGGCUCGAACUACGUGAACUCCUCCGAACGGAUUUUUUUUGAGAUGGUGGCGGAAGAGUCCUGGAGGAUGACUUGGCCGGUCGCACGCCGUGGACGUUUGGUUUGGUCCUUCGCGUGCAUGCGCUUGAAGCACGUGGCGCUUUUCGAACAUGUCUUGGGAGAGAGCAGAUGGGAGAUGUGCUCGGAAGGCGGUUUGGCUGACAUUUGUUGGGCAUUGGUCACCGUGCAGCCCGCUGAAGUUGAGACUUCCUCUCGCCUGAGGGACCUACUUCCUCACCUUUCAUCCCGACGGCUACCUCAGUGGCUGUGGCUGCUGUUGCUGUGGUGCUUUGCGGUCGCCGACAUUUCUAUUCCAUCGGCGCUACAAGAGCACAUCUACUGCGCCCUUUCAAGCACGGGGGCCGGCCAUGCUGCGGCAACUGAGGGCUACAGCUGGACCGAGAUCGAUGCCCGGAUGCUGGACCAAGUUCUCAUGCUCUUAGGCUGGCAAUCUUACAGUAGCAGCUUUUGCCCCACGGCUAAAGGAAAUCCUCCGAUGCCCUCGGCUUUUCAACGUGAUGUUUUCGACAUGCUGGAAGAGAUGGGCCUAACCCCAGAGUUUGAAGCAGAGGGUUUCGAUCUCUUCGUUAGAGACAGGUGCUUAGCAAUGGAGGUGAAUGGGCCUGCGCACUACGCCCUAGAUUUGGAGCAUUGGGACUACCAUGCUGAAGUGGGCCGCAGCUUGUUGAAGCGACGCCUAGCUUCGAAGAAGGGCUACCAUUUUGUCACAGUGCCAUGGUGGGAGUGGGAUCAAGCCUUGCGUGAUCGUGGCGGUCGACGUGGAUACCUGCAAAGCUUAGUGUCCAGACACAUGACCACAGACUGGGGUUCCGCUUUUGCAAGCACCUCCGACUUGCGAGGGCAAAGGAGUGACAGCGCAGAAGCAGAGACCAAGCGGGGCUACACGCCUGCUGGGGCGCCAUGGUCUGAUGGUGCACAGAUGCCGGUGCCGCCCUGCAGAGCUGAGGGAAGUAAGGACCGUGCUUGGGACAACUGGAAGUCCUCGGAAUGGUGGCUUUGGGGCUGGAGGGAUGGCUGGUGCAGCCAUGGCGGUUGGAGCGACGGGAGCUGGAAGCGGCAGGAUUAG